AUGGUAGCACCUUCUUUAGCCAUACCCCCUGAGGCACCAAACUCUGAGGCACCAAACUCCAGGCACACCAUCUUGAUGCCGGUUCAGGGGAAGAGUAUGAAAUCGAUCUCUCUGCAGUUGAUAUCAAACCAGAAAUAUAUGCCCAAACUGUCUACAGCAUUUCAUAAAAUCCAAAAGGCGCGGCCCUAUGGCGUAAUUACCCAGCCCCUUGGAACUGGGACAUAAACAAAUCAAUCAUGCUGCAGUUAGAUACUACCUCCACAUGCAACACACCACCGGAUGAAAUUGCUAAAUCUUUGAUCCCUCUGGGGCAGAAGAUCAAAAACAUGCAUCUCACCCACAGCAAAGCAACCUCAUUCACCAAUGAAAACUCUUAG